GUCAUCAGUUGACCGCCAGUGGAUUGAGAAUCAUUUGAAAUGUGGAAAAAAAUAUUUCUGCUGUUACUUGUUUUGGACAUAACAUUCGUCAUUGGACAUGAAGUGUUAAAAUGUCAAGAAGCAGCUCAUAUCAGAUCUAUCACAAAUGUGUGUACUGUUGACACACCGAUCCUUGAAAAUGGACAAACUAUCUCAGAAGAAGCUGAUGAGUAUUUGAAUCAAUUCAAAUUGAAUGAAAAUAAAAACACAACACACUUGCCUGAUAACGUGUCAACAGUGUUUCCAAAAAUAAAGGAUUACGAUGGAUCUAGUUGCUCAAUCCGAAAAGUUUACAAAUCUAACUUCGUUGGGUUAUCAAAACUGCAAUAUAUAAAUUUGGCAUACAACGAAAUAAACUCUAUUGAAGAUAAUGCUUUUGAUGGAUUGAGUAAAGUAACAUUUGUAAGUUUAGAUGAUAACAAGUUAGAGAAGUUAACUCAUGGAAUGUUGGGUCCUUUAACAUCGUUGGAACAGCUGAGUUUGACAAAUAAUAAAAUAAAUCAAAUUGAGUUGAAUGCUUUCGAUGGAUUGACGAACUUAGGUAGUUUGGAUUUACAUGAGAACAAUUUGAAUAGAUUAGAUGAUCGUCUAUUUGCACCUUUAACGUCUCUGCUUCAUAUUGGAUUGAAGAGCAACGCAAUUCAGAGUAUCAGCAGAAAUGCUUUUAUUGGCUUAAGCAAUUUAGAUGAAUUGGAUUUGGACCACAAUAAAUUGGAGAGGAUAGAUGAAGGCGUAUUUGAUCCUUUGCGAUCGUUGACUAGUCUUUUAUUAGAAAACAACAAAAUCAAACAAAUUCAUAAAAACGCCUUCAAAAGAUUGCGAAAAUUGACAUUUUUGCAUUUGGAACGAAAUCAUUUGGAAAGAAUUUAUCACAGAUUAUACACGCCUUUGUCAGCAUUGAUUCAUUUGAGUUUAGCACGUAAUAAAAUCAAAGAAAUCGAGCAAAAUGCUUUUAAUGACCUCAACAAGUUAGAAACUUUGGAACUGCAUAACAAUGAAUUGGAAGAAUUAAAUGAUGACAUCUUUUCACAUUUAUCAUCAUUGAAUGAUUUGAGUUUUGCUCGUAAUCAAAUCAAACGAAUCAGCAGAAAUGCUUUUAAUGGAUUGAUUAUGUUAGAAACUUUGGACUUGGGUCACAACAAUUUGGGUUCUUUAGAAAACGAAAUAUUUACUCCUUUGACUUCAGUGCUUUAUAUUCGGAUAGGAAGCAACUCAAUUAAUAAGCUUGAGAAAAAUUCCUUCAAUGGACUAGACAAAUUAAAGAGUUUGUCUUUGGAAAGCAAUAAAUUGGAUAAGUUAGACGAAGGCGUAUUUGCAUCAAUGUCAUCUUUAAUUCAUCUUGAUUUGGAUGAUAAUGAAAUCAAGAAUAUUGAUAAAAAUGACUUUAAUGGGUUGGACAUGCUGACGAAUUUGAAUUUAGAUAACAACAAAUUGGAUAAAAUAGAUGGAGGAAUAUUCGGAACAUUACCAUUGCUAAAUGAACUUCGUUUAUCAAAUAAUUCAAUCAAAGAAAUUGAAGCUGAGAAUUUCCAUGGAUUAGAAAAUCUUACAAGUUUGUUUUUAGAUGAGAACCAAUUGGAAAGAUUAGGAAGCAAUGUGUUCAUGAAUUUGAAAUCGUUAGAAAGUCUUGACAUCUCAUCCAACAAAAUUAGUGAAAUUGAUGAAAAUGCUUUCCAUGGACUGAGUAAAUUAGCAAGUUUGAAUUUUGAACUCAACAUAUUGGAUCGUAUUGAUGACUCAAUUCUCAAGCCUUUGACAUCAUUGCAGGCGCUUAAAUUAACAAACACUACGAUUUAUCCAGAUGCUAAAACAACUCGUUGAUUUAUGAAACUGUAAACCUCUUAUUUUUAUAUUGUAAAUUUCAGAUAUUUGAACAAGUGCAGAGAGUUUUGAAUCCUUACUAAUAAAUGUUAAUUUCUGAUUUUUUUUUGACAAUAAAGUUGAUUUUUUUUCUUUUCAUUCAGAACAUUCAUUU